AUGGCAAUAUUUUGUAUCGGUACCGUUAUUGUUCUCGCUGUUGUGUCCUUGGUCACUGCAAAAGCACCUCGUACAGAUGUUACUGUUUCAGGUAUUUCCUCAGGUGGUGCAAUGGCUACUCAAUUACAUUUAGCAUUCUCAAAAGAUAUCAGUGGUUGUGGUAUUUUAGCUGGCCCUCCAUUUUAUUGUGCUGGUAGCGGAUUUACAACAGCUCUAUGUAUGAGUGGUCCUGCUGCAUACGUUUCUGUAUCAACACUUCAAUUGAAAAUUAAUUCAUAUGCAUUAACCGGUAGUAUUGAUAGUCCUACAAAUAUUGCCAGUGAUUCUGUCUAUGUUUUUUCUGGUAAAUAUGAUACAGUAGCAUAUCCUGGUGUUGUUAAACUUAAUGAAGAUUUAUAUAAACGAUUUGGUGCAAAUGUUAAGACAAAUUUUGAUAUGGCAGCUCAUCAUGGUUUUCCAACAAAUAAUUUUGGUGCUAAAUGUGCUGUUCUUAAUAAAGAUAAUUUUAUUAACGAUUGUCAAUUUAAUAUGGCCUAUGAUAUGUUGAAUCAUCUUUAUGGCGGUAAUCUUAUUGAACCGAAAUUGGAUUCAAAAACUUCAAUUAACGGUCAAAUGCUUACAUUUGAUCAAGAUGGAUUUAUAAAUCCUCCUUCAUCAUUAAAAACUGCUCAAAAUUCUAGCUCAGCUAUGUUACAAUGGAUUCAAGAAAGUAUGGCUUUAUAUAAUCCAGAAAAUUGGAAUCAAUCAAUCUCAGGUUUCUUCAAAUCAGCAAUGCCAAAAAUUGCAGUAUCUUUGAAAGAUAAAACAAAACCACGUAGUUCUUCAGCUGGUUUCGAUGAACAAGGUUUUGUAUACUUUCCUUCAGCAUGUACCAAUGGUCAAAAAUGUUCAAUUCAUGUUGCUUUACAUGGAUGUCAACAAGGUAAAUCAUAUGUCGGAGAUAUAUUUGCUACAAAAGCUGGUUAUAUAGAAGUAGCUGAACUUAAUAAUAUCAUUUUAAUUUUUCCACAAAUACUUCGUUCAUACUUUUUUCCAACAAAUCCAAUGGGUUGUUGGGAUUGGUGGGGAUAUAGUUCACUUUAUUAUGCUACUCAAACAGGCCCACAAAUGUCAGGCGUCAAGAAAAUGAUUGAUACUGUACGCAUGAUCAAUACAGCGUUUCGUACUGCCAAUAAAUGA